CAGUUGACAUUUUAGUAUUUGAUAUUACGCAAUUUUGCAAUUUCUUUGCAUUCUUACAAGAUUUACAGGAAUGAAGAAAGUGUGUGCCACAGCCAGCGACCCCGCCGUUCCUUCUCCCCGCGUUCCAGUAACUGACCGUACUGCCUCGGAGACUAAACUAGCUCGGCCAUCGAGUGUGACUGUGAAGCGCGCAGGAGCAACGAAGGGUGCCAAGGAUGGCGGCGAGCAACGACCUCGUAAAGGAUAUAAGAACCAAUCUCCACAAUCUUCUGGCGACGCUGAGCCGAAUGCAGCUUGGCGCACGGAGAUGCGACGCGGCACACGCGCGCUCAGGGAUGUGAAGAACCAUCUUGCAGAUCUACACCAGAAAGCUAUAUCAGGCACUUGGGGCGCCGAAGAAGUACGUGCAGCGACAGCGCGGGCCACACAACUCUUGCGCGAAGCCGAAAGACUUCAAAGAAGGGCCGCUGAGCUUCAGAAUAGCAAUGAACUGUCUAGGAGCCCUGAUCGAGUGUCUAGAAGUCCUAAUCGUCCAGAUCCUGAUGGACGCCGGCAUUGCCCGGAAGGCUAUCAACCAGGAGAUGCUUAUGAACCGCCGUUAGUCCACGAGCUGCGUAUGGUCCCUCCAAGCUCUCUGCUGGCCUCAGCGAUGCAGCGUCCGGCAUCUUACGGCCCCGGCUCUUUGAGGAGCAAGUCUGAGCUGGAGCUCUCGCGCCGCCUCAGUGAGAGUCUGGAUAUGCAGGAGAGAUUGGCUGCUGACAAUGCAGACCUUGACGUCAAAAGGUACAUUCUAUAUAAGGAGCUGAUGGUGAAAGAACAGAGGUUGGAGACGGCGCGCGCGCAGGCGGCACGGCUGCAGGCGGAACUGAAAUUGUUGACCAGGGACAACGCUAGGUUGCAGGCUGCAGUAAAUGCUCAAUCCAAUUCUGAGAUACCUCAGCGACUAGAAGAACCGGAACGGGAAGUUAAGGACAACACAGCGAGCGGCGAACCGGCGGAGAAUUACAUCGAACUGGUGAAACAGCUGACCGAGUUAGAGGAGCAAGUGCGAGUGGUACAAGAGAUGGCGACCACCACGCACGCUGACGGCCCCUGCCACGGCCCGCCUUGUCCGAGCGGCGGCGGGACCAACAUAUGCUAUGAGCCGCAGGCGGGUAUGCCACCGAUGCCACCAACGCAACGCGAUUGUCACAAAUGCCCCCCGUGUCCCGCACCCUGUAACCCAAAUGCAGCGCUGACACCAGCAGAAAAAGAAGUUAUCCAACUGAAAGAGAAGCUUCAAAAGUCUGAAGAUGAAUGCAAGAGCUACAUAGCAGAGUGCGCACUGCUCCGCUCCGAGGUGCUCAAGCGAAAGGAGGAGGCGGAAACGGAGCGGUGCGUCGCCCGCGAGACUAAAGCGAGAUUGAGGAAGCUGGAGAUGAAGUUUGAAGGUCUGACGCCUAAGACCAACAUGCAGGGACCGGCGGAAAAGGUUUUUGAGACCGAGGUGAACGUGAACAAUCUCAGGCAGAUGCUCCGCGAGGCAAACACUGAGAUCGACGAGCAACUCACCCUGAUCACUGAGAUGGAGAAACAGCUCCAGGACUAUCGUCUGAAGUACCUUCAAGCUCAGCAACUGUCAGAAGAGCAGACGAGGCAGCUGGCGGCGUUAGACGCUGAUAACGUCCGCAUAUCAGAACAGAUCAACUAUGAGAUACAGCGCGUCAAGAUCAAGUUUCAAGAGAAACUCCAGGAGUUGACCCCUCUACCCAAGCUGCUGCAGGCCACGCACAGGCAGCUCCGAGACGCUCAGCAGCAACAAGCUCUUGCUGAACAUAGGACCGAGCAGCUGGCCAGAGAGCUCAUGUGUGCCAGAGAUAAGAUUGCCGUCCUGGAGUAUCAGCUGAACAAGCCGGCGGAGAAACAGCAGGGGGUAGACCGCGUCGCCGAAGCCAAGCUUCUGACUGCCACGCAGCAGCGGGUCACGCAGCUCGCGGACGAAAACACCAAGAUGAAGGCCGAACUAGAGAGAGCUAAGAACAGCGUCAUCCGUCUCGAAGAGUCCCUAGUGGCCUGUGGCAGCCGGUUCCAGGAGAAGAUUGAUGAGAACCGGAUACUCUUGGGAGAACAGCAGACGAUAAAAGAAGAAGCGGAGAGAGCGAUCGCUCGUGCUAACCAGCGGACUGAAACUGUUCGGAAAUGCAUGCAGUCGACCAUCGCAGAGCUCGAGAUGCAACUGGCAGCAAGCAGGGCGAAGAUGGCCGCCGCAGACAGGGAACGGGAUGAGCUCCGUGUCAACAUGGAGACCCAAGUUGGCCGGUUGCAAGAUAACUGCGAGAUGGCGCACAGGCGCGUGCGCGGGCUCGCCACGCAGGUCGCCGCGCUGCGCAAGAUCGCGCCGGACACGGAACCGGACUCACGGCAGCCGUGCUUAUGCAAGGACUUUAUCGAGACGCUUGCUCCUACAAAAUAA